GUGUUGGGGGAGUGUGCGCGCGCGCGUGUGUGUGAUGCUACAACCUCCUUAUAAAGGGACUCUCUCUCACGUUGUGGCUUGGAAAUUAGAGCACAUUGCCUAAAAUUGAGGUCUCCACACACACACACACACACAGAGUCGCCGAGAGCCUCAACCAUGAACUGGAUGAACGUUGAGGAGACGCUCCGCAGGGCCGAGGCGCCUCUCUUCUGGGUCGGCGCGUUCACCGUGGCCUCCCUGGCGCUGUGGCUGCUCUACAGGCUGCUCUCGGGCUUUAGGAUCUGGGUCUUGGGAAACGGGCAGCUUCUCUCUCCGAAGCUGGGCAAAUGGGCAGUUGUGACGGGAGCCACGGAUGGAAUCGGGAAAUCCUAUGCGGAGGAGCUGGCUCGUCGAGGAUUUGCCGUGAUGUUGAUCAGUCGCUCUCAGGACAAGCUGGAGGACGUGGCCAGGUCGCUUGAGGACCAGUACAAAGUGGAGACCAGGACCAUUGCAGUUGACUUUGGCAAGGCGGACAUCUACAACAAGAUCGAGGAGGGGCUGACUGGUCUAGAAGUUGGAGUUCUUGUAAACAAUGUUGGUGUGUCCUACCACUACCCUGAGUACUACCUCCAGAUUCCCGAUCUUGACAACUUCAUCACAAACAUGAUCAACGUCAAUGUCACCUCGGUGUGCCAGAUGACCCGUCUGGUGCUGCCCGGAAUGACUGAGAGGUCCAAAGGUGUUGUCCUGAACAUCUCCUCCGCCAGUGGCAUGUACCCCCUCCCUCUGCUUACAGUCUAUUCUUCCACAAAGGCCUUUGUGGAUUUCUUCUCUCGUGGCCUUCAGGAGGAGUACAGGCGUCAGGGUAUCAUCAUUCAGAGUGUGCUGCCCUUCUUCGUGGCCACUAAAAUGACUCGUAUCAAGAAGCCCACCCUGGACAAGCCCACACCAGAGCGCUAUGUGGCAGCUGAGCUCUCCACUGUGGGCCUGCAGGGCCAGACCAAUGGCUAUUUCCCACACGCCGUCAUGGGUUGGCUGACCACCAAGCUGGUGCCGAUUGACCUCGUCAUCUUCUUUGGAGCCAGAAUGAACCGUCUGCAGCGUACCGGAUACCUGCGGAGGAAGAUGCUGCGGGAGCAGAGGAACGGAGGCAGUUUGAAAAACGAUUAGGAAGAUGGCUGACGAAUCUUCAGGCAGCCUCUCUGUUCUGACCCGGCGCAGCGUUUUAAGGAAAGCUGAGAUUGUGUUUUGUAUCUGUGUGGCUGAUCCUCCUGGGUUACCUGAGAUCUCGCGUGUGUGUCUUCAGUAAGUGCGCACGUCAAAGCAUGUGUAUGACUGUUUAAAAUGGCAAACUCUGCCCUGUUAUGAUUUGUCUGGAGAGAAAUAGCCAAAGAAGGAAUGGGGCUGAAAAACAAUGAAUAUGCUGCUCGUGACAAAGAACAUUAAUACAUUUUGGUGGAGAUAAUACAACAAAAAAAAUAGUGAUUUGUUAACCCUGCUGUUGUAAGCAGCGGAAAAUGGUGGUGGGCAUCUUUUUAUAUAUUUGUAUAAUUUAUUUUAUAUUUUGUAUGAACACACAAGCUAAACUCGGACCUUUUUAAGACUAGCUUUCAACCUAGUCCUGUUUACAAAUCCACGAGCCAUUUAACGAUGGCAAUUUCUGCUUUCCAUCAUGUCUGUUUACUUUCGUUACUGAACUGCCAUUGUCAUGCAUUGGUUCUUUCUUCCUUUUGUUUUUGUUUUUUUUGUAUGAUCUUGCGUGUUAACAGAAUACUUAAAAUGAUGCUUUGUGGUGGGUUGUUAUUGCACCAAUGUUUUAACCUGUCCUAAACCGAAGAGUUCUCGUUAACUAAGUGUGGUAUUCAUCACAAGUGCCUUUCUAAUGAGAAUGAAUGCAGGAAAUGGUCAGACAAUCAAGCAUUUGCUGUCUGGUUCAGAAAGGCUGUAAUUCAGCUGGUGCGAUGUCCAUGUGAACUACACAGUUGCUCCAUUUUGUGCCUUUUUUAAUUACAAUGUGAACCUUAACAAACAAAGGAAAACCUCUAAACUGCUGUACAGUUCCUCCAGUGUGUUUUGAAGGGAUUUCACAGGGAUAGAGAAUAUUCCCUACAGUUGGAGUUUAAACUAAAAUGCUUCAUACCUACAGACUGCUUCAGAAAUGGAACUGCUCCUCCUCACACAGUUGGGGCAUUGAGUACGACUUGGUCUGGCCUUUGCCUUUAACUAAGUGGUCUUGUGAAUGCUUCUCCUUUUGUAUAGGUGUUUUUUUUUUUUUAAAUGUGUUUUGGAAAUUAAAAUAAUUAAAUUAGAAUUUCUACAUGUAAAAUACACUGUUUACGUUUAUAUAACUGGAAACUUGUGUUUUCUACUGUUUGUUAAUAAAAGUUCUGGCAUACA